AUGACAUUCUCGACAGAGGACAAAAUUGUACGUGGGCCCGAGGGCAGCGUACCGCUUCCAGACGGGCUGGCCCGCUACCUGUUGGGCAAGAUGCUGCAGCAUGGCGACAAGGUCGCACAGCUGCGGCGACUGGGGCUGCGGCCCGGGGAGGUGCUGGCCGUGGGCACCGCCGGAGGCCCGCACUUCACGCCGCUCUUCGUGGGCUCCCUGAUCGCCGGCGUCGUCAUUGCGCCCUUCAACCCAGACUUCGAUCAAGACGAGAUGCGCCACGUACUGGCCAUCCUCCGUCCACGGGUGGUGAUAGCCGACAAGCCGAACGCCCUGUACGAGCAGUCGGCAGCCACUGCAGAGGCGGAGCUGGAGGUGGAGGAGCGGCCGCUGGACUCUCCAGCCGUGGUGCUCUGCUCGUCCGGCACCACUGGCUACCCCAAAGGCGUCGAGGUCUCGCACCGGGGGCUGCUGCAGCUGCUCGCCAACGGCACAGAGAAGAAGCUGAUGAUGAUGCUGGGUGAUGGAUCAUUCUUGGUGCUGUCUCCUGCCUUCUGGAUAUCCGCUGUGGCACUUCUACUGCUGUCCAUCAACGCCGGCAGCAGGAUAGUCGCCAUGGCUCAGUUCAAGGAAUCACUUUUCUUGAAGACUCUGCGCGAGCACAAGGUGGUGGGCACCCUAAUGGCGCCCUUCCUGGGCGUGAAGCUGCUGAGGAUGAUCCCGCAGCCGGACCUGACGCCCCUGCGCCUCAUCGUCUUCGGCGGCUCGGCGCUGGACCGCGUCACGCAGGCCCAGCUGCAGGCUAAGUUCAAAUUGGCGGCCACCCAGAUGUACGGCAUGACGGAGCAGCUCAUGACCCUCUCCUCCGAAAGCACCAAGCCCUCACCUUUCGGCUCCGUAGGCCUCCCGCAACCCAACGUCGAGGUCAAGGUGGUGGACACAGAGUCUGGCGACGCCCUCGGUCCGAAUCAGGACGGAGAACUCUGCUUCAGGGCCCCAACGGUUACGCGCGGCUACUACAACGACGCCACCGCAACGGCGGCAGCCAUCGGCGCCGACGGCUGGUUCCACACGGGUGACGUCGGCUACUACGACGACGCGGGCCACUUCUACGUCACGGACCGCAUCAAGGACUUCGUCAAAACCAAGGGGCACCACGUGUCGUCGGUGCUUCUGGAGGGUCUGCUGUACAAGCACCCGGCCGUACUGGAGGCUGCGGUUGUCGGCGUCCCGGACCCUCUGGCUGCAGAGCUGCCCAGGGCCUACGUCGCCCUGAAGUCAGGGGAGCAGGUCUCUGCGGAGGAACUGGCAAACUUUGUCAACGCUGAAGUUUCCGACCACAAGAAACUUCGCGGCGGUGUCGUCUUUCUGGAGAAACUCCCAAGGACAUCGACAGGAAAAGUGUGCAAGAGGAUCUUGAGGGAACUGGCCAAGAAGGAAGAGAGCGGAAAUUAG